UUGAAUAAUAAAGCUAGUUGCAACCUACCGGGUGGAGAAUGGUUACGCGGAAACACUAAAGGUUUAUAACCAGGAUCUUUUCAAAUAUAGAAACACAAAAUCCCUAUUGAACCAUUCUCUGUUCUUAAGUGAUAUAACAGCCACCAUAACCUCAAGUGUUAACAUUAAAAUUGAAUAGGAUAAUUUGAAACAUUUCAAUUCUGAUGUAUUCAUGUAAACGAAAUUUUAUUCAGUCUAAGUUAAUUAUUAAAAUAAAUUUCAUGUGUGUUAUUAUUUUAAGAAUAUUACACUUCUUUUUUUUCUCUUUAUUUUUACUUUAUUUUCAUUUCAUCUAACUGUGUGAUAGUCAUGUUGAUGUGAUUGGAAAAAAAGUUCCCCUUGUGAAAACGUCACAAGAUGAGAAGGUUUUUCAAAUGAUUUCAAAACAGUUGUUAUGUUUUGUCUCGAUUACUUUGACAGUUUUAGAAGUCUCUUCUGGCUUUGUAAAGGAACCAGCUCGAGAAACGAUUGGUUAUAGUGGAAGCUCUGUCACAUUUGAUUGGCAGUUGGCUGUGACAGAUGUUGCAGAAUAUCGAAAAUGGUCACACGGUAACCAAACUAUUGUUAGUGUGCAGAGACUCAACGACACAUCUGAUGCUGCGUCAAAAAUUUUGGCUACAUUCGUUGGUCGUGUAACAUACACACCAAGACAAACGGGAUUGACAAUCACAGAUUUAGGUCUUCCAGACGAAGGAAUUAUAAAAUGCUCUGCUUCGUUAACCGAUGGCAAUGUUUUUAUGUCUGAAACUUUUCUCAGAAUAGUAGUGAAACCAACGUUUACAACUACACUGGUCCCUGAAUUAACCGUGCUUGAGUCGGAAAACACGACACUAACGUGUGCCGUUGAUAGUCGUCCAGCAGCUAAUAUCACGUGGUACAAGAAUGACGUCGAAAUUUUAUUAGAUAAUAGAAUCGACGUCAAUGUGCAAACGACAAAUAACAACGUUGUCAAGACAACGUCGAAUCUCGUUUUGACGAAAGUACAUCGAUCAGAUCGAGGUACUUACAAGUGUACAGUUAGAUAUGAAUUUGGGGAAGAACAGAGAACAACCUCGUUGUCUGUUUAUUAUCCUGCAACAAUUACGUCAUUCCCUCCAGCAGAAUACGGUACUGUAGAGCAUGCACGCAAUGUUAAAAUCAUUUGCAAUGUCUACGGUAAUCCUCUACCAACUGUGCGUUGGUUUAUUAACGAUAAAUUAGUUGAAAAUCCUAAUUCUGAAUUCACAAUAACUAAUACAACAAAAAUAAAUAAAGAAACAGAGGAGGAGUAUAAAUUCAGUGAACUUUCUUUAACAUCUGUGGAGAAGAGUGAUUUUGGACAAUACACAUGUGAAGCAACAAAUAACGUACCUGGUCAAGGUGUAUCUGUAACGAACAAGACAACAACUCUAGUUGUGUCACAUAAACCAUACUUUCUAAAAAGCCCAGAUCAGUUCUUUACUACAAACGUCAGUUCAAGUUUCAUAUUUAACUGUACAGUCCAAUCACAUGUCACACCGACAGUUGCAUGGUCAACGGAAGUUACAACAGAUGACAGAUUUAUAUUUCAUCCUGUCACUAAACUUCUUGACGUCACAGGAAAAAUCAUUGUUCAAGCUAUGCUGGAAGUUAAAAAUGUACGAAAAACAGAUCAUGGGAUAUAUAGAUGCACCGCGAAUGAUAAAAACUCAACAGUUACCACAAAUACAACGUUACUGAUUCAAUAUCCUCCCGAACUUGUAACUGGCCCUCCAUCAGAACAAGUUCUCGCCGAAUUUAGCGUUCAAUAUUUGGAAUGUGUUGUGAAUUCCUAUCCACGUGCUAGUAUCGAGUGGUUUUAUGCUGCAGACAGAAAAACAUUUAAAAACAUUUCCCAUCUAGCUAAGGAAGAACUUUUAGCUACAGCAUCCUACGAAAUGAAAGUUCAAAGUCGAAUUAAUUUCAAUCCAAAAAUUUCAAGAAAUGAUGAAGGAAUCUAUUACUGCGUUGUAAACAAUUCUUUGGGUAGCUUCACUAAGCAAACCAACGUCACUGUCCAUUGGCCUGCUGAAUUUGAUACGGGUACAAUAGAUGGUGGUUCAACGGUCAUUAAAAUAUUACAAUCCGCUAGCUUUAACUGCAUUGCAAGAAGCAAGCCAGAACCAACUAUAAAAUGGAUCAAAGAUGAUCUAAAUGAAGUAAAUUCAGACACAGCUUCAUUUGUAAUGAAUACUUUGUUUGCAAACUCAACAACCAUUGUCAAAGAAAGUAUUUUAACAUUUACCAAUGCCACUGCAAGCGAUACGGGCUUGUAUACAUGCGUUGUUGAGAACACAGUAGCCAGCGUGAAGGAGACGAGGAGAAGAAAAAAAUAUCUUGAUGUUAUGUAUCCUCCAAUAGUACUGGCUGCUUCUACGAAUCAAACUAUAGAAAUUACAAAUUCACUUACGCUUAGUUGCGCUAGCCAAUCAAAUCCUCCAAUUAACCGCUAUCUAUGGAAAAAAGAUGGUACCACUAAACCAAACAAUCAAAGUGAAUACAUUAUUGGAUUUGUGGAUAGAGACACAAAGGGGGUGUACACCUGCACACCUGAAAACGCUGAAGGUGUUGGUAACACAGUCACACACAGAAUUGCAGUAAAAAUUACGCCAGCCUUCACAUCAAAAGCUUCAUGCCAGGAAGAAGAUGGUACAUACCACUGUUAUUGCGCUGGUGUUGGCUAUCCAGCACCUCAAGUCACUUGGGUUUUAAGACCAAACAACGUAUCUCAAACAACUGGAAAUUCUCUUAACUUGACCAUUGGAACAUCAACUGUAGGGAUAUAUAGUUGCAUUUUACAAAAUAGUCAUGGAUCAGUAACUUCAGAUAUUACACUUCUUCCUCCUUACACUGAUUGGACAGCGUGGAGCAACUGCAACGUAACAUGUGGUGGAGGAUCCAGAACUCGUGACAGAAGGUGCAAUUAUAAUGUGUGUAACAAUGAAACUCGUUCGAUUGAAUCAUGCAAUGCUGGCGCAUGCCCAAUAGCUGGGCAGAUAUCAUCAGAUUCGUGGCACAAAGAUUGGUACAUUGCAUUGUGGUUAAUGAUUCCUGUGUUUGUUGUGUUAUGUGUGGUAUGUGUUCUGUGGAUGGCGCGAAAAAAUAGGAAAGGUUCUAAGCCUGUCUUCGUUCCCAUCAAUCGUGACGUUUCCCAGCCUCCAUCUAUUCGCAGCAUCCCUACACAGCGAGACAUCUACCUGCCAGAGCCUACCGAGUUGUCUGCGGUCAACAACGGAAGCAUCAAGGAGGAGAGACCGCCGAAGAAACAAGAGACAGACACAAUUGAGGUGGAGAUGUAUUUCGGGGAAGAAGAGGUAGCUCGCCCCUCAUCAUCGUCCCAACAACCUCCUUCAACCGAAUAUGCGCAACCAGGUCCUUCUACAGCAAAGAGUAACGCCUAUACAGAAUUUGAUGACGAUGAUGAAUCAUUCAGAGACACAGACUUUAAUUAUUUAGACAAUUCAAACGGAUUUCUUAAGUUGUAUGACCGAGCCGGACCUCCGAAAUCAGUGAGAGAUACAAUUUCGCCUAACACACGUGGUCAUGAUAAUAAAGCUUUCUCAUCAGAAGAAACUAAUGGUUAUGUGUGAUAUACUGUUGUUGUUUUUCUAGCUCAGUUAUAUUAAUUAACAACACAAGUGUUUCAUAAAAACAACGACCUGACGAAAGUCUUUGUGAAUAGAUUCAAUGAGGAAUUAAUGAAUUAAUAUGAAUAUAGGAAACUCAAGUAGAAUAAUUAAAUAUUAAUAUUAUAUUCUUUUAACCAAGUUUAUAUACUUAUGUAACAUACGCGAAGCACAUGCGCGUGUUGCGAACUUUGAACUUGUGCACGUGAAGUUUUUGUCGAUUAAGGUUAACAUUAUGAUUAACAUGGGAAGACCCCUUACAAAAGUUGGGUGUUAGCUGUAUGUAUUUUUUCUAUCUUUGAAAACACAAUGUAGCGCUUUAGUGUGUGUCUCAUAGCAGACUCGUUCCCAGAUUGUCUUAAAGUUGGAGAGACUUGUUUCUAAACAUUUAGGUAAUGGAAUAUAUGCUGUGUUUUGUAUUAUUUUUAAUUUUUGUUUUGAGGUUUUGAUACACGAAGAAAUUGCACGCAUCAAAUAA